GGGCGGGGCGUAUCCCGGAAGAGCCGGCGGCCGCGUGAGCAUGGCGGCCGUCCCGCCCGAGUCCUGGCAGCCGCCCACCGUCUCCAUGGAAACCACGCUGGGCCCGCUGGUGCUGGAGCUCUACUGGAAACACGCCCCACGCACCUGCAGGAACUUCGCUGAGCUCUGCCGCCGCGGCUACUACAACGGCACCAAGUUCCACCGAGUCAUCAAGGACUUCAUGGUGCAGGGAGGGGACCCCACUGGCACUGGCCGUGGUGGUGCCUCCAUCUAUGGGAAACACUUUGAGGACGAGCUGCACCCUGAGCUGAAGUUCACAGGUGCUGGCAUCCUGGCCAUGGCCAACGCAGGGCCCGACACCAAUGGCAGCCAGUUCUUCCUGACCCUGGCACCGGCUCAGUGGCUGGAUGGCAAGCACAGCAUCUUUGGGAGGGUGAGCCAGGGCCUGGGGGUACUGGCCAGACUGGCCAUGGUGGAGACCAGUGCCCAGGACCGGCCCCUUGAUGAUGUCAAGGUCAUUAAAGCCUUUCCCUCGGGCUGAGGGGGGCUGGGGGGGGUUGUGUCACUGCCUGUUGUUGUAAUAAAGUAUGGAACAUUA